UAGCUCGCUAGUGUCAAUCAAUGAAUCAAGCGGCCACCAACCUACCUACCCCGACCAUCUCCCACCAUCGGAGGAGACGCUCAAACUACCGAGCUGCCCAAUCCAUGGCGGCGGCGGAGGCGGAGGCGGCCGGUCCUCUCCGGCGGGCUCUCUUCGUCCUCGCCGUGCUCGCCUUGCUGCUGGUAGCGGCCCCGGCGGCCGAGGCGUGGACGGGGGAGAUCCGCGGCCACGUCGUCUGCGACGUCUGCGGGGACGCCGCCAUCGGCCCCGAGGACCACGUCCUCGAAGGUGCCGAGGUUGCCGUCCUCUGCAUCACGAGAUCUGGUGAAGUUAUCAACUACCAGGCCUUCACAAACUCCAAGGGUGUCUACAUUGUUGCGGAGACGAUGCCAGAGAGUGACCGUUGGGAGUCAUGCUUGGCAAGGCCCAUCAGCAGCUUUCACCAGCAUUGCACUAAGAGGGGUGAUACACACUCUGGGGUCAAGUUCACAUACAGCAAGCCUUCAGGAAACUCUCACACCGUCAAGACGUUCCUCUACAAGCCUGCCAACGCCCCUUUGUACUGUAGCUAAACGUGUUUUCAUUUGUUUGCGAAAGAAAGAAAAGAAAUAUAUAGAAUUGAUAUGGCUUCCUGCCUGGACAUGGUACAAACAAACUGUAAACAAGGUGUAACCGUGUAAAGUAUGGAUAGCUGGGGUGCUUGUAAUUCUCAUAUGGAGCUCUUACCGAACAUCAGUAACUGGAAGAAAGGGGAUUUUGCAUGUUUUUGUAACUAUGGAUCUAUAAGUAUGUUUAUACUUUAUAAUCUUGGACCAUGUUGCGUCCGUUCAAAUCA